AAAAGACGAGACGGUGGAAGGAGGCGGACGGGGUGGACGGUCGCGCGUUGAAAAAUGUCCGGUUACUUGAAUUUAUCGUUUACGUGAACAGAGAGUGAGCGUGGUAAACACGAGACUCGCGAACGACACCGGCGUGCGAACCGGCGAGUGAAUCCCACGAGACGGACGUCGUCGUUCCCCGGGCACGUGUAGUACGCGGGAGGAAACCAAGUGCUCGGAGUCGCUCUCGACUCCUGUGACGGUUCGAUAUCGCAUCGCAUCGUAAAGUUGCGAUAAAAUAAAACAAGGCGAACGCGGGCGCGCGCGCGGACGUAUCGCGCCAAGAGUGCCGAGGAUCGGAGGGAGAUCUCUCACGAUCUGUCACGCUCAUCGUCUCAGAUUAAGCGGUCUUGACGAGGAUCUGGGAACGAGAGAAUGAAGAUUGCCAAGGGGGAAUGAUAGGUAAGAGCACGCUUAAAAGGAGAGACGACGACAAGAUCGAUGUCGAUUAGAAGAGUGACGAAUCCGCGAAAACGUGCGACAGGAUGCAAGAGGGUAACACCGCCGUUGCGCUAGCGAUGGUGACUCCCGGAUACGAUCAGGACCCUGCGAGUGGGGUCGCCGACUAUACGACUCAUCAAGAUCAGGCCCAGUUCGAGGCUGACAAGAGAGCCGUGUACAAGCAUCCGCUCUUCCCGUUGCUGGCGUUACUAUUCGAAAGAUGCGAACAGGCGACCCAGAGCUCGGACAACUCCACGUCCGAAAGCUUCAACAUGGAUAUACAGGCUUUCGUCCAGCACCAAGAAAGAGACCGAAAGCCCUUCCUGAUCAAUGACCCCGAGAUUGACGGUUUGAUGAUCAAGGCGAUACAGGUGCUGCGCAUCCACCUUCUGGAAUUGGAGAAGGUGCAAGAGCUGUGCAAGGACUUUUGCAACAGGUACAUUACAUGCCUGAAGGGCAAGAUGCAGAGCGAGAACCUGUUACGCAGCGACUACAGCCACCAUGGGCACGAUAUGGGUCCAUCGAGUGGCAGCAAUGGCAGCAGCCCGUUGCAGGUGCUGUCAUCUACAGGCAAUGAUGUUGAGUCGGGAGCUAACGGAUUCAGAGUGAGCCGAGGGGACUCCGGACUGGCGGAGAACGACGGCGCGAAUCCGCGAGAAGAGAGCGAUAAUCACGAUAAUCAACCGGUUCGAUCGUCGUCUUCCGCCAUCCAGCGCAACUCGGGCAAAUCUGAUAGCCAAGACCGCGACGAUCCACUCUCACCGUCCGCGGUGCACGGAAGCACGCCUCUCUCGCAGAUCGGGGCGCACGGAUGCGCCCCGGUUAACGACAUGUAUCUCGGCCAAGAUGACAGUAACGAGUAUCUACGAACUAUCUCCAACAGAGUAUAUUUGGAAGAGGCUGGAUACUGGGGACUAGUCGCGUUGCGAGAACGGGAAAACGCGGAAUACGCGGAUGUCGGAAAUGCUAAUGAUGAAAAGUAUUUUGACAUUACUGUUGCAGGCUCACCUUCUCCGGUGGCGAGCGAGGACGAGGAGGAAGGUGCCAGCAACGCGGCCUCGAAUCACGCUGGGAAUCAUAGAAGUAAUCACGGUAGCGCUAGAAAGGGACGUCAGAAGCGAGGUGUUUUGCCUAAACAUGCUACUAGCAUUAUGCGAACGUGGCUCUUUCAGCAUUUAGUACAUCCUUACCCAACCGAAGAUGAAAAGCGUCAAAUCGCCAGCCAGACGAAUUUAACGCUGCUACAAGUGAAUAAUUGGUUUAUCAAUGCUCGUCGACGAAUCCUACAACCAAUGCUAGACGGCGCGGGUGCGGAUGCGGCGUCGCGCGCUGGUAAACGUCACAAGGUUUCGAAACACGCUGUACAACAACAAGCGACUCAACAACAACAAACAGGCUGGCAGUCCGAUGACUCGGCAAGUGAUUCGGGUUCUAGCGACGGUGAGGGAGGUGCCGCUAGAUCGAAAGACGGUAACGAUAGCGAUGAAGAUGAUCUUCACUGACCUCUGUCGAUCACCGAAACGUCAACCUCUUUACGGUACCUUCAAAUCCAGUUGCUCAUUACAGUAUUAAGGUAUUCGGGUAUAGAUAUCGCUUUAACUGUCAAAUACGUAAUUAAUCUUGCGAAAGUUAAGAAUACGUGGGUAGAGGUUAUCACGCUCUCUGAUCAUUCGACACUCUGACUAUUCGUCAUCUACCCAAUCUAUUAGUUUUUUUUUAUGACUAACAAUUAGUCAUAAAUGAUUAUUUUGCUUCUUCAUAUGGGAAGCUUUGUUUAAUCUCGGUUCAUAUCGUGGUGAGAAUAUUAACUUUAUCAUGUAUAACACAUGAGAGACGAGGACUGAGAUUGAAUAGGUACUAGAAAGAGCAGCUUACUUAAAUAUAUCUAAUUUAAACGAAAAGAUACGUUUGCAUAAAGCUAUGAAAUGUUAUUUAUUUUUGAUGACAAAUUUUCAAGUGAAUAACCGCGCGAAUAGUGAAGAUAAAUCUGAGUUUUCUUUCGAAUCAUAAUCUCUUAUUAGUUUAGUUAUUUUUUCUUAUAACUUACAUCUCCCCCUCAUGAUAAUAUUAUUUAUGACAUCUAUAAAAAAAUGUAAUUAGAAAAAUAUACGUUGUUUAAUUUAAAUGUAAUCUUAUUAAUGAUUCAUCGGACAAGAACUCACUAUGAAAAGAUUUUCUUUGGUGGUUAUGUACAUUUUCAAACAUAUAUUAUUGAUGAAUUAUAUCGCGUGUAUAAAUUUUCUUUUUUGUAUAUUUUUAACAUAAUACAUUAAUUGCCUCAAUAUCAAUUAUUGUCAGUUUUUUGUCACACACACACAAAACUAUUUAUUUUACUACAUUAUUAUUGGUAUUGUUACAAUUAAUACUGUUUCCACUAUUUGACUACCUACUACUACUACUACUAUUGCUAUUACUCUAUAACUACUGCUAUUAUUACUAUUAUUACUGUACUGCUAUUACUAGUAAUAGUAUUACUACUGCUAUUGCUAUUCCUUCCAUUAAUGCUAUUACUACUAUUACUAUACUAUAUGACUUUACUAUUAUUACCAGUACUAUUACUACUACUGUUACUACUAAUACUAUCGCGCUUCCGCUACCACUAAUGCUAUUGCUAUUACUGCUAUUACUAAUACUCAUACUGCUCCUAUUGCAAUAAUUGCCAUUCUUGCGUUGCAACAAAAUACCCGGUAUCCGCAUAUUUUUCGUUUGCGAUUAUAAUUCGUGUAUAAGCUUAUUCAGAGAUAGAAAUUUAUUAAUCUGCUUUGUAUAAUGGAAUGCAAUACGCGGACAAUGAAACGGCAAUUGAAUCAUUGGUAAUUAGUAUAUAAUUGUAAAUCAUUUGAUUAGACGCAUCACGUUUUGUAAAAAGAUAAAAAAUGGAUACUUACUUAAUUUUCAAAUUAGAUGAGGACAUAGCUCAUAGUAAUGCAAUAUUGAUUGUAUUUUUCGUGCCAUUAAAGAGCGUGGUAACUUCCGCGUUUAGUCUUUGUUCAGCUCUGCAGUGUCGUGGCAUAGCAAAGCGCUGUCCCUCCAUGAUAAUAAUAAUAAUAAUAUAAUACAAAUAAAAUAUAACUAAUAAUGAUAAUAAUUAUUACGCUAUUGAUAAUGAUAAUAAUUAUAAUUAUAAAAUAAUGAUAAUAAUGAUAAUAGUAAUAACAAUAAAAACAGCAACACAACACACAACGCAAUGAUGAUAUAUAAUACUACAUUAAAUAUAUGACAAUUAUAUAUUUUUAAAAUCUAAGUGUCGUCCCUGAGCGCGCGUAUACUGCACGUUACUACUGUACAUAUUACAUGCGGAACUGUAGUGUGAGAUAGAGAGAGAGAGAGAGAGAGAAAGAGAGAGAAAAAUGAAACAAAGAACAAAUAUUACCGAGUAUGUAAAAGAGAAGUUAAUACUUUUCUUAUUACUGAAAAAAAAUGGAUAUAUCCGACGACAUACAUUUACGCCAUCUUUUUUUAGAAUAAUAUUAAUGUUUAUGCGCACUAGCUGUCUACAUGUGAUCAUUACGUUUUACUAUUAACGGCAGAUAUUCUUCUUCCUUGAAAUACUUUAAUGCUCGUUUAUUUCGAGCUUUUCUUCUUCGAAUCCAGCAAGUUUUGAUAUCGAAAACUCGCAAAUUAUAACUGUUCUUGCUGAAAUAUAUAUUCGUGUAUAUACUGUUCUUCCCGAUACACAUAUACGCAUGUACAUUUAUGCUUUCCCAAUCUAUCGUUUCCACGCGAUCCGUCCAUCGAGAUUUUUACAUAAGUGGUUAAAGCCAUUUUAUCUUGUUAGUUUUUGGGACGUAAAAUAACGUAGUGAAAAUUAGUUCCAAAUCGAUACAGUUUCAGUAGAAAGAUGUUCUUCCUCUUAAUGUGAACAGUAACACAGAUCGUGGAGAAUUCUCGUUUCGGCUUAACUUAUCUCAGCUUUGCCAAUACAUUGUCACCGUCGUUUUCCUCAUUCGGAUUAGUUCUCGAUAAGCGAAACGACACUAGUCACUCGAUCAUAGGAAGAAAAUAUGUCAUAUGACGCAGCCUGCAGUGUCAAAGUGUAUGGUUGCCUUAAGAGUAUAGCCAAAUAUUAUUUCUCUCCUGUUCCUCUCCAUUACUCUCCUCUUAUAUAUGUAUUGACUUUCCUGAUGUAUAUAGCCAAUUGACAGAGUGCUUCCAUUUAUAGUAGCGCGCAACUUGUUCGUAUUGAGAAUGAAUUCUGUAGUUUUUAUUGUUACUUUUAUUGUUCUAUUUUUUUUUUUUUUUUUUUUUUUUUUUUUUUUUUUUUUUUGAACAUACCGAUUUUUUUGUAUGCAACAUAAGCUUUGCUUCAGUCGCUUCGAACGAUUAUGAUAUCGUAAUCGCACGAUAUAGAUACUUGAAAAUAUAUGCGAUACAACUCGAGUAAAACGAUAUUAUCAAUUGCAGACAGCUGACAGUAUAGCUCCGUGUGUACGAUAUAGCCACGACAUCAGUCCGCUUAAAAGUAAUAAACAAUCGGUCGCAAUACAAUAAAGAUUAAAACUUGUGGGGACAAAAUAUCACUCAAUCUAGUCUUUCGAUUUUUUGAAAAAAGAAAAAAAAGUAUGGGGAAAUGCACCCCAAAGGGAUCUGCAUACUAUGCUCAACCGGAUUGUUUGUAAUAAGCAAUAAUAUACGCGAUCCAACGCGAGAUGAAGAAAGAAAAAAAUCGUUUCCCUAGCAAAUAUUAUUGCUUUAACAAAACCGCCACCUCUCUCUCGUCAUACGGGACUAUACUGUAUCCGAGAGAUAAAUAAAAUUUCUAAGAUAACGUUAUAGAUUAAGAGGUAGGUUGUAAGGCUGAACCACGUAUACGUAUGUGCUGCGGCACCAGACAACUGUGAUAAUUCGGUGGGCGGUGCCCAGCCUCCUACUUCAUCCUUGUAUACUAAAAAAAAAAUAAUUAGAAAUGAAGAAAGAGCGUAAACAAUUUUACCGAGGAGAGGUUGAACGUAUGUCGGGACGUGCGUUGUAGAAAUGAUUUUUUAUCCAUAUGCACGUGUGCACGAAAAGUCGCGAAACGCGUGGCAUUUAAAAUAUGCGCUAUUGGCAUAUUUUCACUUUAAAUACUUUCCUUUCUUUACGUAUGAGGAUGUUCCCGUAUAUAAAAAAAAAAUUAUUACGACGCGUGCAUAUAGAUACUCUUUAUACGAUAGAAAACGUAAACACUUUUGCCGCAUUAAAAUGUCGAUGCGAAAAUUAUCUAUCGAAAACUAGAUUAAAGAAAAAAAAGAGGACAUAAAAGUAGGAAUGGGCACGCAAAAUAACAAAUAGUUUAUUAAAUAGUUAACAAAUCGUGAUCAUCGACGCAGACUUUUCGUCGAAAUUUAUGGAUGAAUCCAAUUUGAGAAAUUACAUCUGCACUUAGCAUCUUGCGAAUUGCACGUCACUUGUUAUUAAAAUAUUUGUAUGCACAUAACAUAAUUAUGCAAAGACCCAUGGCUUUAUUUCAUAAUUAUAUAUUUUCUUAUUGUAAAAAUAUCGAACUUUCAUAUUUUUAAUUUCUUGGAAUGACCUCUCUACUUUGAACUUUUUCUCCACGUUUAUUUAGUAAUGUGAAAUAAAAAUGUCAUUUGAUUCGUGCAAGUUUUCGUUCUAUGCAAAUGUGUUUGAAAUGUAAGAUUGCGUCCUAAAGUAAAAUCCAGAAAUCCAAUAAAGCAAACCAAAUAAAUGUAAAUAUUCAGUUUAUAGACAUGAAGUCUAAUAAGAAUUGAGAGAGAGAUUACGAUUA